CAGCAGCAGAAGAGACAUUUGCCAGCGACGAAGCAGUGGGCGCUGUCUCUGAUAUAGAGCCGUUCAACUGCGCACACCGGCCGCAUGUAGGCAUAGAGACUCUGCACCUGGAUCCUUCUGCGCCCUGCGCUCAAGACAUGAGGCAUCCACCAAUUCCUAUACAGCCGGCCACUCUCCUUCGCCUCCACGCCCCAGUUCCUAGGCACAGACGACGAAUAUCGGAUGUAUUUGCUGCCUUCACAAGAUCUAACAGGACCUUCAUGUCAGAUUUCAGGAUGCAAACCUCACAUUGAAUGCCAGAGCACAGGCUGAGCUAUGGCUUUGCUUGGGGUCCGGCACAACCUACCUGCCCGCUAAGAGCAGACGCAAACAUUCAUUAUGCCAGACUUCACUUCCCAAAGCCAUCGCUGUUAGCACAGACCUCACUCUCGCAGCAGCGCUUGAAAAGUUCCCUCUUUUCGUCAACUCGCCUCAAAUUCGCGCCCCAAUCCCCACGACAUCAUCGCGAGGUAAGCAAGCGACGGAACCAGCGCGACUCCUUCUCGGCGCCCUCAGCCUUGUGUCUCCUUUUCACAUGGCAGCCUCUUCUAGCGACGGCCUAGGCGCCGCGCCCACAAGUGCAGCGGCCAUGCCGAUGUCUGCGAUGUCUGCGCCUGCGAAACUCUCCUUCUACGACUUUCCGGCAGAAGUGCGCCUGGAAAUCUAUGAAAUGCUCUUCUGUUACUCCGGACCGAUCCAGCUCGUUCUCGACAAUGACGGCAAGAUCAAGCGAGAUGACACUCAUUUGCGUUGGUUCGCUUCCAUUCCCGUCCAUGCUUUCACCGUCGCGAAGAAAUUCGGUCAAGAGGCUGCUUCCGUCCUCUACCAACGCAACAAGUUCAGCAUGGAUUGGGAGAACCUCAGAAAGUUCUUGCCGAAGUGGGACCAGGGACUCAGUAGCCAUCUGGGAGCCAUCACCAUUUUCUGUGCAGGCGGGCCAGCAUGGGGCUUUGUUUCUGUCACCAGAAAGUUGGCCGACAAGAUGCCAGGUCUUCGUGAGAUCCAUUUCGAGCUUUGGGGUUCACUCAGACUUGCCGCUGCUGCCCUGGAAACCUCCAGUGCCAUAACUCCUUGCGCCUCUGUGUUCCCCGGACCGGAACUGGAGCUCGCUGUUCAGCCCAUCAAGUUUUCAUUAUACGACGCAGGUAAGGGCGGGCCCGAUUUUGACGCCAUCCGCACCACCCUCCGACGGGACUAUGCAAAGCUGGCAGAUAUCUGGCCCCAAAAUCUUCCCACGAGCAGUAUCACCCGGUUCUUUGCACCGAAUUUGUCUGUUAUCAGAUUCAGCGGCAGGAUCUCUAGCAAUGUCCUUACCACAAUCCUGCGACACCGAUGUCUGCCCGGCGAUUGUUUCUGGAAGGAUGUUACUCAAGAAUUAAAGGAAGGUCACACCGACAAGCUCACUGGGGAGCGCAAGAAUUGCGGCCAGAAGACGAAGAAGCAAGACAGCGACCCGAACGGGUCUUUUAUCUACUACAAAUGGACGGCCAAGGAUCCUCUCGAAAGAACAGACAUCCCGGAGGUCAACAUGCGCCAGUGGUACCCGCCACUUACAGAGAGGGAAAAGCAGAAAGUGAGGGAUUUUGCCAAGGCCUUCGAAAAGCGUGACAAUUCCGGCCCGGACGACGACUCUAGUCCUGGAGAACAUGAGACUGUCGGCCACAAGAGUGAGAGUGCAUCCGAGAUGAACGCCUUGCCCAAGGGAGCUGUACCUGUGACGGGAUCGGAGUCGACUGAUCAUGGUGGGCCGACUGAAGAUGCUUCGUCUGCGAAUGCCGAGAAUAAAGAAGCCGGGUCUGCACAGGAAACAGAAUCUGCGAGCACAGCGUCCGCCGAUGAAGUCCUUCGGGACUUGCGGGAGUUGGCAUUCGCCGACUGCUUUGAAGAGCUCGACUCGGAGGCGCUGCACAAAGAUCCGGAAGACGUCAGAGACGCACUGCUCUAUACGUUUGGCUUUUUGGGGCUCGAUUACCCGCUGAGACAGACACCGAGGGGAUUUUGAUCGGAAGCAGCUCUGUCCACUCCACGCCGACCCAGCACUUUCAGAUCAUUGACUCGGGAAUGAGGCUCUGUUUUACUUCUUUUGUUGCCAUUAUCAUGACGACUACCACAUCACAAAAAAUGUAAUAAUGAUGCCGAGUGAUGGGAUCGCGUUGUUUACGGCCAGACAUAGCAAUGGUGUGCGGAUGAACAUGAUUUUGGAUGAGAAACAGAGACUUUGUCGGCAACAGUGGCCCGCCACAACGGGCUGUGAAAUACGCAGAUGGGCUGGAUGGAAAAUUUUGAACCACCGAUAUUAAAAAAAAAGGGAACAAAGGACAACAGCAACCAAACACGGUAUUUCCUGGUGGUGUCCAACAGAUCUUGGUGUGGUCAGAUGGCUGGCAGGGAGUGGUGAAUGUCGUCGAAAUCGAGCUGGUGACUUGAGACAAUGAUACCUCAUUGGCACGCCCCUCCCAGGCCAUUCAACACGAUGGCUGAAUGUGGCGCAUUCUGGUUCGUGCUGCGCCCGUGCAGUCUUGUGUCUCGAGCUUGAGGAUUGGCAGGGGUAAACAGCAAUCCACGAGUAUCUCGCCCCCUACCAUUGCAGUUCCCUCUACAGCUUUCGCCCUCCAUCAGGCUCGGAGACCGAUAGGCAUCGUGGUGGAAUCAGGCUGCCUCUGCAGCCGGUGAG